UGAGGUGGAGUGGCCGAGCAAAGUUGGGAUUCUACGGCCAGGAUUUAAAAUGCAUAAGCCUGAGCCGCAGCCUUUUCAAUUUUUGCCAUACUUCAGGUGCACCUCAACGGGGACUGGAACUGCGACUGUGUCUAGGAGUGAGCUUAAAGUGCGCGACUGCUAAUUAGAAUGCCUCACCCAGAGCAGAGCGGAGCGGCGACUCGAAGGUAACAUUUAGCCGGCAUUGGGUCAGCGCUGCUGACAAUUACUCCGACGCUGGCCCCGGGGACUCCUCCACAGUUCUCCGACUCUUACCAGGUGCGAGCUUGCAAAUUACUCAACAGCUUAUGUGAAAUGAAGUAAUUGAAACGCCACCGAAAACUCGACCCAAACCCCGUCGAAUUUCCUCGUAUACGGAACGAUGCGUGCAGGAAUCCUUUGGGGGCAGCUACAGCGUUGCCCCAACGGACACUGCCGCACCUCUCCGGGCAGCUAUAUAAAAGACGACGCCUUGGCGUGCGCUCUCCUGACUUUGUCAACGCAACUGCAGCAGGUCGGACCGCAUAGAGUUUCGGCAGAAUGUCUACGAACAGCACACAGCCACACACGCCCAGCCAUGAUCUGUCGCGGGUGCAGCUCUCCGGCGCGAAUCAGUGGAAACGAGCGGCUCUGAUGGCCAGGGCGGCGCCCGCAUUCCGGGAGACCGUCUCCGAUGACAGCGAGGAUGAGGUGGAUACCAAGAAGCAGAUCAAGUACGGCAGCGGCUUCCAGGCGGCCAAGGCCAUUAUGCACGAGUACUGCGACUACACGACCAUCCAUGGCAUACGGUAUUUGGGCGAGAAGAAACGCCCCUGGCUGGAGCGCCUGUUCUGGGUCAGUGUGCUGCUGCUGUCCAUCUUCACCUGCUGCAAGCUGACGCUCAACAUUUGGGACAAGUGGAACAACAAUCCGGUGAUUGUGAGCUUUGCGGAGAAGUCCACGCCCGUCUGGCAGAUACCCUUCCCCGCCGUCACGGUGUGCCCGGAGACCAAGACUCGCCGCUCCAUUUUCAAUUUCACGGACAGCUACCAUCAGCUGCGCGAUUUUGGCAACAACGUCAGUGGCAUUGUGGAUCUCAAUGAGAAAGAAAAAGACUUAUAUGGCGCUGUGACGCAGGUGUGUGAGCCUCAUCUGCACGACAUUGCCCUCGGCAAGAAGACCAAAAAGGGCAUGGAGAUCAUUGACUCACUGAAUGAGGUGUCGCCCCUCUUCGAUGACACUUACCUCAACUGCAAGUGGCGCAAUAUGCCCGUCAAGUGCAGCGAUAUUUUCCACAAAUUUGUCACCGAGGAUGGGGUUUGCUACAGCUUCAAUUCGCUCAGUCCCGCGGAGAUCUAUCGACCCGAGGGCAUUAUUCCCGACUUUAUAUUCCGCGAGGAGAAUCGCUUAUCCAUGGACUGGAAUGUGGAGGAUGGCUACAGCGCCAGCGCCGAUACCUCGCCCUAUCCCAAUCGUGUGCUGGGUCCUGGCUCCAGAGCGGGGCUCUACCUCUUUAUGGGCGGCGUGGAGCUGGACUUUGAUGAUCUGUGCCGUGGUCCUGUGCAGGGUUUCAAGAUUCUGCUGCACACGCCCGGGGAUGUGGCUCAAGUGUCGAAGCAGUAUUUCCGCAUACCCUUCGACCAGGAGGUGCUCAUCUCCAUCCGCCCCAAGAUCAUUACCACCUCGAAUGGACUGAAGCACUACGAGCCGAACCGCAGGCAGUGCUACUUCCAGAAGGAAAAGGAUUUGCGUUUCUUCAACAUUUACUCCCAGAGCAACUGCGAAUUGGAGUGCCUGGCGAACUUUACUCUAGCCAAGUGUGGAUGUGUGAAGUUCUCAAUGCCGCGCAAUGUAAACAUGCCCGUUUGUGGCGCUGCCAAUCUCAAGUGCUACAACCAGGCGGAGGAUGAGCUGCUGCUCCGGGAGUUCACUCAGGGUCUGGUCUCCUCUGGGGAGAAUACACGCGGCGAGACGGAGUGCAACUGUUUGCCAUCCUGCACCUCCAUAGCCUACGAGGCGGAGAUCUCCCAGGCGGACUUUGACUAUCAGACGGUCAUCAAUCGAGACACGCCCGAGGGCAAGGAAGCGCAGGCGAAAAUGGAAGGCAUGAAAAUGUCGCGCGUCUCGAUCUUCUUUAAGGAGGCUCAAUUCCUUACCUCCCGCCGCUCCGAGCUCUAUGGCACCACCGACUUUCUGGCCAAUUGCGGCGGUCUGCUGGGUCUCUUCAUGGGCGUCUCCAUGCUGAGCAUCGUGGAGUUGGUUUACUUCUGCACCGUGCGUCUCAUUUCGAAUUUGCGAAUGCGCCGCAAGACCCGCAAAGAACUGCUGCAGGCGGUCAGCAAGGAGGCCUAAUGGAAGAGGCUCUACACUCAUCUCUCCUCUCUUCUCAUAAAUAAUCAAGGAGCUGCUGCCACUGGUAUUCCUGCUGCUCCUUCGUGUGUGCUGCGCUAAAUGUUAAAUCUGCAAACAAUGAAAAUAAAGUUUUACUCAGCACCCA